GUGCCGAAACCCUGCUCUGCAUUCCGGCGGAGCGCACUAGCACACACCGGCCGCAGCGCAGUCCGGGCCCAAAGACUAGUUCGGUUGAGUCAAAGUAAAACCGGGAAGAAAAGUUUCUCAGCGCGCGCGUUUUCCUUUUGUACUGUUUUUGACUUUAUUGUAGUUUUAUUCGCUCUGGUUGUGGAAUGGUUUACUUUUCCUGCGAGAGCUUUCUGAACUGUGAGAGAAGGUGCUUUAUGUCCGCUCUUUAAGGUGCUGGCCUUAAUUAUCCCAGUGCUGUAUUUCUAGACUGUUGGUGCACCAUGGUGGUCAUGACAGAGAACAGCCGGGGGGCUCAGUCCAGCCCUGCCCAGGGACGGCCUCUGCAGGUCGGCUUCUACGAGAUCAUCCGCACCCUGGGGAAGGGCAACUUCGCCGUGGUGAAGCUGGCCAAACAUAAAGUCACCAAAACACAGGUUGGCAGCUCUCCUCUGCACAUUAUGACUGUGCUUUACGUUUUCAUUGUGCAUGAUUUCAACCAUUUUAAUUUUGCAACCCUGCUGUCAUUGUUCCAGGUGGCUAUUAAGAUCAUCGAUAAAACCCGACUGAAUCCUUCCAACCUGGAGAAAAUUUACAGAGAGGUUCAGAUAAUGAAGCUGUUAAACCACCCCCACAUCAUCAAGCUCUACCAGGUCAUGGAGACCAAAGACAUGCUGUACAUUGUGACAGAGUAUGCAAAGAAUGGAGAGAUGUUUGACCAUCUGACCUCAAACGGCCGUAUGAGUGAAGACGAGGCACGGAAGAAAUUCUGGCAGAUCCUCACAGCCGUGGACUACUGUCAUCGACACCACAUCGUUCAUCGUGACCUAAAAACCGAGAACCUGUUGCUGGAUGCCAAUAUGAAUAUCAAACUGGCUGACUUUGGGUUUGGAAACUUCUACAAUGCUGGGGAGCCUCUGUCCACAUGGUGCGGCAGCCCGCCUUACGCUGCCCCUGAAGUGUUUGAGGGGAAAGAGUAUGAGGGGCCUCAGCUGGACAUUUGGAGUCUCGGUGUUGUGCUUUACGUUCUGGUUUGUGGCUCUCUUCCUUUUGACGGACCCAGCCUUCCUGCUCUCAGACAGAGGGUCACUGAGGGACGAUUCAGAAUCCCCUUCUUCAUGUCCCAAGACUGUGAAAAUCUGAUCCGCAAGAUGCUAGUGGUGGACCCAGCCAGGAGGAUCAGUGUGGCUCAGAUCAAGCAGCACCGCUGGAUGCUGGCCGACCCCUCAGCCGCCCACCAGACCCUUAGCCAUUCCCUGACUGACUACAACUCAAACCUGGGGGACUACAGCGAACCAGUGCUGGGCAUCAUGAACACGCUGGGCAUCGAUCGCCAGAGGACUAUCGAGUCUCUGCAGAGCAGCAGCUACAAUCACUUCUCUGCCAUCUACUACCUGCUGCUGGAGAGAGUGAGAGAGCAUCGGGCCCAGCAGCUGAGCCGCCAGUGUGGAACCUGGAGCCAGAGACCCAGGAGCACCUCGGACUCCACAGGCCCAGAGGUGAUUAUGGAGUCCACUGACAGCUUUACAACCACAGCAUUUUCAGCAGCAGCCAAAAGCACUUCUCCUGUGUACUCAGAGAAGGAGUAUGACCAAGGUGGAUUGUUCCAGCGUGUGGUGUUUCCGGUGGAAGCCAGUCUGAACAGACUCCUCUGGAAUCGCUCCAUUUCACCUAACAGUCUGCUGGAGACGAGCAUCAGCGAGGAGGUGCGACCUCGAGACCUGGAGGAGGAGGAGGCGACUCAAAGCCUCGGGCCUCUGCUUCCUCCAUCCACCACCUCCCGUAGACACACUCUGGCUGAGGUGUCAGCCCGUUUCCACCAGUGCAACCCUCCAUGUAUCGUGGUCAGCCCCUCAGAUGGCGCCUCCUCUGACAGCUGUCUCAAGUCCUCAUCCAGUCCAGCCCCCACUUUGCAGGCUGCUAUGGGUGAUAUGUCAAAACUUCUGACCUCUGGGGCUGAGGGUGGAGCUCUGCUGCCUGCUGGAACUCCCCUGGCUCUCUCCUCCCACCUCCUUCCCCAGGCCCAGGGCAGCCUGCCCGCCGCCAGCUUCCAGGAGGGUCGCAGAGCAUCUGACACCUCUCUCACACAAGGCCUCAAAGCUUUCCGCCAGCAGCUGAGGAAAAACACACGCACCAAAGGGCUUCUGGGAUUAAAUAAGAUUAAGGGCCUGACGAGGCAGGUUGCUCCUCCACCCUCCUGUAACCGCGGCAGCCGAGGGUCAAUCGGACCAGCGCUUUCUGAACAUCGCAACAUGCUUGUGGAGGUGCUUCACCAGCAAAGGAUGCUACAGAUCCAGCAUCAGCCUCAGCCUCAAGUCCAGGCUGCACAGACAGGACCUACCCAGAACCCCCUGCUCUUCCUAGCGCAGAACCAGUCCACCUCUCCUCCAUCCACUUCUGUAUUUGCUUCUUCCUCCAUUUUUGACAACCCCGCCCCUUCUGCCCUGCCACCCCAGCAAACUUCAGUGAAUCUACAGCAGGGUCCCUGGCAACAAACCCUGGAGAGCACCUCCUCCUCUUCCUGCUGCUCCUCAUCCUCUUCCUCAUCCUGCUACGCCUCCUCUCUGUCCCCCGUGGCCUCCGCUGCUUACCUUCUCGAGGCUCGUCUGCACAUCAGCCAGCAACCCCACCCACACCCCACCAGCAGCAGCGUCCAACGGCAGCCCCAGUCUGCGACGCCAGGCCCCUUCCCCGUCGUGUCCAAACCAGCGGUGUGGAGCACGGAUCCUGACAUGCAGGAGCUGUGUCUGCAGCAGCUCAGCAGCUGCGUGAUGGUGAAAUAAAACAUCACCCACCAUGACCAUCUGAUGCGCACAGCAAAAAUGUAGACUUGACUUUGAGCUGAGAAAUAAAGAGAGCAGCAGACAGAACAAAAAGCAGAUGCAAAAUAACAACAUGCCAUGCACAUGUGAGAAUGUGUCAACGCACACAUGUGUAUGCUGUACACGCUUUUGAUAUCAUAUAAGCUAAAGACUAAGCAAUAACCAAACUCUGGACGAGAUAUUUAAGCUGUAUCACACAGCCAGAGAAGCAAUAACAGAGUGAGAGACUCUCAUCCAGCUCCCUUAUUGGACUUCCUUGAAUGAGAUGAGAGCUGACGUAAGCUGACACAACUGUGUCACAUGUCUUUAUGCUGUCUAAGUCAACUUCUGGAUUUUUUUAACACAGGAAGGCUCCUCUUUCUUUCUUGUUCUCUUUUUAGUCACUCUUUGUGUCAUUUCCUGUUCCUCAUGUUUUUCUUUUCACUUGACUGGACAUAAGACCAAAAUUCUCCUUUCUAUUCUUUCUUUAUUCCCAACUUUGUUCGCCUUUCUAAAGAGACAUUUCUCUGUAGCAGUGCAAUGAACAUACAGAAUAGUGCCCUAAGCUUACAGACGCUCACUGAAGGAGUUGCUUUUGAUCUGUAUUAAAACUGUGAUAUUUUUUUCUGUACAAGAAUAGCAUAGCAACGCAAAUGCUGCUUUUACCUCAUGCCGCAAAAAGACUGCUACAGUGCAUCCACAUCAGCCAAAACUAGAAGAAGUUAGUGACACGCUGAUUGAGUAAAGCACAACAGGUACUUCAGUCAGCUUGGUAGCACUUUACACGUGUGGAUACAUGUAUCCAUAUUCCCUGCAUUUGAGAAGCACUGUUUUUUAGAUGCUUUUACUACCUCCUCGGGCAAGAAAAUUGAACACAAAAAAAUCUACUAAAAACACGUCAUCAGCUGAUUAUCAGAGAGAUGAUGACUUUCACCUGGACAGAACAAAGACAGUGGGAACAGUGCAAUAUUUCACAUUGAAAUACAAAUGAAAGGCUCUAAAUAGGAUGAUCAAAUUGUUCAUGGAUAUACGCCUGAGGGUUUUUUUUUUUUUAUUACUCUUGUGUUUUUUGUUUGCUGUGCGAGCUAGCUGACUAGAAUAGGUACAGUUAUGUAACAUAAUAAUAUGAUACUGUAGAAAACAAGAGGAAAGGCAUUUGAAGCUGCCGUUUCCUCUCAUAGCAUGCGUGUAGUUAUUAAAAUGAAAGGAGGAAUUUGAGUUUUACCAAAGAGAGAACAGCGCGGCAGAUGUGUGAUCUGUCACAGACACGCCACUGCCCUUUCACUUUGAACGCUGUCUCGAAUUGUAGCACAGUGGUUAGGCUUGCAUUUUCACAUGCUCUCCUUAGUUCUGAGAAGACUCCUGCUGCCACCAAAUCCUGAAGCUACACAUUAUUAUUUCCAGCUUUUACAAUCAGGACCAUGGUGGUAUUUGUUUUUGUACUUUUCUAGAAAAGAAAGAGGAAAAAGAAAAAAAAAAAUCAGAAAAUAGCAAUACCAUGUCGUGCUGGAUGUUUUUUUAAGUUGUCCAUAAGUGGCUAGAUAGAUAAAAAUGACCUGCAUCGAGCUGAUUCCUCUGAAUCAUUUUGAUGAUGUGUAAUACUGUAAGCAUCGCUAGUUUCUCAUAUCCUGAACGUAUAGAAGAGCAGUGUUUUUCCAAACCCAGUUCUAAUUUGGAAACAUGCAGUGUUGAUAUUUCUAUCCAACAUUUUUGGUUGGCUGCACUCACUACCAACACUAGUGCCUUUACGUGAACAAACCUGAGAUCAGAGAUCCCCAUAUCUAAUGGCUACACUGAAGAAAGAAAGAUGAAUGACUCUGUUUCUCCAUUCACUCCGAAGCCCCUUUUUGAUAUCUUCUCUGAUCCUCUCCCUCAUGAAUCUGACCUUUGAAGUUGCUGUGGAAGCAGAAGCAAGAAUUGCACUUUAUUCAUAUUUCUUAUUAAUGAUUUUUGUUUCUCAUGAUGACAAAAUGUCACAAUACGAUUGAAACACUAAGACUCUUGAUGCAAAUCUGUAAGGUGACCCUUUUUGAUAAACUUUGGAUAAUAAGAAGUAUUUCAUUUUCUUUAAUUUCUUUUUGUUACUUGACUGUGUGAACAUGUAUGUGUGAGCGUGUGUGUGUGGAGGAGGAAGGAGACCGAACGACAAAGAAAUGAGACGUGUGUUAGUUCAAGAAAGAUUGUUUAUUUAUGUGGCUAUUUAUUUAAAUAAAGUUCACUUCCUAAA